CAAAAUAAAUAAAUAAAUAAUUGAGGGUGCAUGUGAAAAUUGCCUUUGAUUAGAAACAAGAUAUUAUUUAUUUCUCUAUACAUAAAAAAAACUAUACAGGUUUCCCUUUUCAUUAAUUCUAAAUAAUAAUAAUAUUUUUUUUUUGACAGCUCAACAGUUCAUAAUAACUUGGGAAAUUGAGUAUCCGUUUCUAUAUAUAUACCCCUACUACCAUGCCUCUUCCGAAAGCUCUAUAUCCUCCUCUUCUUCUCCUUUGUCUAUUUACUUUAUUUUAGCAGAGCUUAAGAAAAUCUUGUUUUAAUCUUGUUUUUCUGUCAAUCUUUUUCCUUCUCUUAGCCCCAGAUAGAAAGAAAGAAAGAAAGUUCAGUUGUAAGAAAAUGCCAGCCGUCGGAAUACCUACCGGUGGUGCCGGUAAGUCCUACCCGGGGAAACUGACUCCAUUUGUGACCAUGACAUGUAUUGUUGCAGCCAUGGGCGGUCUGAUUUUCGGUUACGAUAUUGGGAUUUCAGGUGGGGUUACGUCGAUGAACCCAUUUUUACAAAAGUUUUUCCCGUCGGUGUACCGUAAGAAAAAGGCGGAAGAGUCGACCAAUCAGUAUUGCCAGUACGACAGUCAAACUCUGACCAUGUUUACUUCUUCUCUGUAUCUGGCUGCCCUGAUAUCCUCACUGGUGGCCUCCACCGUCACCAGAAAAUUCGGUCGGAAACUGUCUAUGCUUUUCGGCGGUCUGCUCUUCUUUGCCGGAGCCAUUCUCAAUGGCUUCGCCCAAAAAGUUUGGAUGUUGAUCGUUGGUCGUAUCUUGCUUGGUUUCGGUAUAGGUUUCGCAAAUCAGUCUGUGCCACUUUAUCUGUCGGAGAUGGCUCCAUACAAAUAUAGGGGUGCAUUAAACAUUGGGUUCCAGCUCUCCAUUACUAUUGGUAUCCUUGUGGCUAAUGUUCUAAACUAUUUCUUCGCCAAGAUAGAAGGUGGCUGGGGAUGGAGGCUGAGUCUGGGCGGAGCUGUUGUCCCUGCCCUCAUCAUUACAGUUGGAUCUCUUGUCCUCCCUGACACCCCAAAUUCUAUCAUAGAGCGUGGCCAGCACGAGGAGGCCAGAAUUAAGCUCCAAAGAAUUCGAGGGAUUGAUAAUGUUGAUGAGGAAUUUGCUGACCUUGUCGCCGCUAGUGAUGCCUCAAAAUUAGUUGAACAUCCAUGGACGAUGCUUCUUCAGAGGAAGUAUAGACCACACCUCAGCAUGGCUAUUUUAAUCCCAUUCUUCCAACAACUCACCGGUAUUAAUGUCAUCAUGUUCUAUGCCCCUGUUUUGUUCAACACAAUCGGGUUUGGAGACGAUGCUUCACUUAUGUCUGCUGUCAUAACUGGGGUUGUUAACGUUGGAGCUACCUUGGUUUCCAUUUAUGGUGUUGAUAAAUGGGGUAGGAGGUUCUUGUUCCUUGAGGGUGGAGUUCAAAUGCUUAUUUGCCAGGCUGUGGUUGCUGCUGCCAUUGGAGCUAAAUUCGGAGUAGAUGGUACCCCAGGAGAGUUGCCCAAGUGGUACGCCAUUGUUGUGGUAGUGUUCAUCUGUACUUAUGUGGCUGGUUUUGCUUGGUCAUGGGGUCCACUAGGAUGGCUGGUACCAUCUGAGAUUUUCCCGUUGGAAAUUCGGUCAGCUGCACAGAGUAUCAAUGUUUCUGUAAACAUGAUCUUCACUUUCAUUGUGGCUCAAAUUUUCUUGACAAUGCUCUGCCAUUUGAAGUUUGGACUCUUCAUCUUCUUUGCAUUCUUUGUGGUGAUCAUGUCCAUCUUCGUCUACUUCUUCUUGCCUGAAACAAAAGGUAUUCCCAUUGAAGAGAUGAACCAGAUUUGGAGAAGCCACUGGUACUGGUCUAGGUUUGUCUCCCAUGAAGAUUACCCUAACGGUGGUGAUGGCAAUGGUGUUCAAAUGGUUAAGAAUGUUUAAUUUGGUUGGAUUAAAAUGGUGUUUUCUAUUAUUUUUUAUAGGUUUUUUUUCGUAGCAGUACAUACUAUUUAAUUGUUUGAUUGUGAAAAUGGUUUUUAUGAACUUAUUUAAUUACGUUUACAGUGUCUUAAAAUUUAUGCUUUCUUAUGUAUUACAAAUUGUUCCAAAUCUAAAGGAGGUUAUUGCUGUUAUUAGUGAUCAA